AUGGCCAAAACAGGCUUUAUUGAAGUCGAUGAAGGCCGGCUCUUCUGGAAAUACGAUCCCCCAGUGGACCACGAGGACAGCGCUGACAGCGGCCCUCCCGGGUGUCUCAGACCAUACAGUGUCAGCAAACCCGAUUCCCAGACCGAGAAUCCGUGCAUAUUCUGCAGAUGGGAUGAGCAAGUAAUAUACUACACAGCUAGAGGUUGGUAUACGCUAAGAUUCGACCUGCUCGGAUACGGCCAGUCGCUACCCAGUGAGAGCUAUGUCCAGAGAGGCUGCACUCCUGCUGUGAAGCAUCAUGAUCAUGCACUGGCGGUCAUAAAAGAGUAUAGUCUUUGCAGAGGCCGUGCAGCUAUUGAUGAUAAAUUCGUAGUGAUCGGACUGAGUCGAGGCGCGAGUACGGAUCUCAACAAGACUAUAUUGGAUUCGCCUGACAUGAGACAGAUCACGCUGUCGACUUCGCUUUGCAAUCUCCGCAUCUCAUUGCCGGGCUUGUUUUAUGCGCGGGUGGAUUAG